ACCAGCGCCACCGCACACCGACGGGCGAUGAACGUGGUAGUGUCGCCUUGGCCUUCACCUGGCGGCGGGAUAGCAGGCUACCGCCCGACUGCCAUCGUCAGUCGCCGCGCAACCGGCUCCAUGCGGCCGAUAUCGGAGCAUCAAAGCGGUGUCAAAGGCGUCAGCUUCAACAAGUGCAAAAACUCAUGGACGGCCACCUGGCGUGAAAGCGGCGUCAAUAGGGCAAAGAAGUUCUCGGUGACGAGGCAUGGCUAUGAGGGCGCCAAGACAGCCGCCAUCGCACAUAGGCGGGAGAUGGAGCGAUUGCACUACUACGACAAGCAGCGUGGCAGGCUUUUGCCGAUCCCUCCUGCCGAGCCCCAUCGUCAGGCCGCUGUGGAUGACCACAGCGGCCCCCAGGAGGAGACCGACACAAGAGACGGCGGCGCGGGCCCUCAUGAGACCAGGGCUGGUGGGCAGCCAGCCGGCGAGUCGGCCGCUGACAUGGAUAGCAGCAGCAGGGUGGAGGACAUCAUCCUGACGAAGCUGCUGGAGGGCGUGCGUGCGACUGAUCCUCAGAGUGGCGGUCGGUAUGAGAUCGCCACAGUGACGGUGGCCGGCCGGCAGACAAAGGCAAUCCGGUGGCGGCCGACGGGUUAGAGGAGAGAACAUAGGGCAAGGAAGGGCAAGAUUGAUCUGCCUGUGUGUCUGCUGAUCAGAUGUCUGUGUAGCGUCUGACCGGCGUGAUGUCCACGACCAAGGUAAUGGACACCCAGCUGGCUCAGCCAGGAUGCGCCACUUCACCCAUCGUCUCGGCUGUCCGCCUGUGUGCCAUUCAGGAUUGGCUGAUCCUCCGAAGCGCCAUCUGCCAAGCAGCCCCCCUGUCAGCCCCUGCAGUGGCCGAGACCCAUCGCCGGACGGCAGCCGCUCUCCGAAGAGGCGGCGGACAGAGCCACUACAGCACGACUCGCAUCAUGAAGGACGACAAUUGGGCGAGACGACCAAGACGGUCGUCACCAGACGUGGUCCGACGCACACCUCCGACGUACCAGGGGUCUGUUGGCAUGCAGUGAGCCGAUCGUGGUCAGCCUCAUGGGUCGAGAAGGGCGACAAGAGGCAGAGACAGCGAUUGUUCAGCGCUCGUAGCUAUGGAUUCGACAAGGCCAAGGCGCGCAUGACGCCGCCUAUCACCACUAACGCCCCAAAAGAACUCUGGGUGUGUCGUUCGUGUGUGUGUGUGUGUGUGUUGUCCACUCAGGCGUUGGCCGAGCAGCACCGCCGCGAAAUGGAAGACCACACCAAGGGCACUGUCAUCACCAAAUCCGGUGAGGAACACAAGAAAGGAAUUCAAACACCAUGACCUUCGUGUGGUCCCGCCAAUUGCAGACCACCAGUCGGAUGUGACGGGGGUAAAUUGGCAUGAGGAUAAGCAGGCCUGGAGGGCAACAUGGUACGAGAAGGGCGACCCGAAGCGGAAAUGGAAGCUCUUCUCCGUCAGAGACCAUGGUUUCGACAGGGCCAAGGUGCGCACAACGUUGCCCAUUCCCUCUGUCUCUCUCUGAGUGUCUCACAUGUGUGCCUCCGUCCGUCAGGCGUUGGCCGAGGAGCAUCGUCACGAGAUGGAGCUCACCGGACGGGCGGCGGUCAAGAAGAGAUUAGAGCAGCAGAGCGGCGUCAAGGGGGUCAGCUACCACAAGAAGCGGAUUGCUUGGGUGGCGACAUGGCAGGAGGGCGGCAAGCAGAAGUUCAAAUCGUUCUCUGUGCGUGAGUUGGGUAUGGAGGGCGCUAAGAAGGCCGCCAUAGCACACAGGCGGGAGAUGGAGAGACAGCAUUACACAUUCAAAGACAGGGGACAGGCCGGUAGGCGAGACAAGGCUGGCGUCCACCGUGAUCCAUCCUUAUGACUGUCUCUCUGUCUGUCUGGGUGUGUGUAUGUCACUGUUGCCGUCAGCAGGUCUCUCUUCGCCGCGUGACGACCAAGCGACUUCACCAUCCCGCAAUGCUCUAGCUGAGUCAUCCACAGUAUCGCCAGCCGACCUCAGUUUCCCUUUUUGCGCUGUGUUGAUGGCGAAGGCCGUGACGGCUCCCCAGACCACCGGCCCCCUCCCCAGCACCAGCACGACUCAGACGGCUGCAGCCUCGCCGCUGAUUGACACAUUUGGCCUGGGGCACUGACUGACCGGUGUGGCCACUGAGGGAUGGAUGGAUGGAUGGAGGGAGGGAGGGGGACAUUCAUGCGAUGACAUGCGGCCGCAGCCAGGUGAGCACGACAAAGCGCACGAUAGAUACCCUCACAACAGUAGUGAUGUGUGUGUGUGUGUCAGGAUUGAUCUUUACUGCGACGAGUUGGCGACACACGGCUUCUGUGGCGAGGGUUUAUUCCUACUCGAGACUUGACGAGAGCGACAGCACAGCUCCCAAGGCGAUCAUGGUCCCUUUAUGAGAGUGUUGGCCACUGGGCCUGUUCGCUGUGUGGUCGCGACGACGACACACAGACGACCAGCCGCCCCAGCCGACAAGAAGGCAGCAGGCAGGCCAGGAAGGGGAGAGCCAAUGGGUCGGCGAGGGGCUGGAUAUGCUGAAUCUGGUGUGAAGGAGUCCUGAUUAAUGGUCACUUGUUUGUUGAGACAUUGCGAGGGCAGGGCGACAAUGUCGAUGCAUGAUGAGAUCCUUGCGUUUGUGAAGACGUCUGUGUAUGUGAUCAUGUGGUGUGUCUUCAAGCAUUCUUGCAGUGUCGUUUGUCGCAUUGAUGCUCACACCAGUUCAACUCUCGUUGCAUGUCAGCAUGCCUCGACAAUGUCUUAUAAACGACUGUUUGCUG